UGCGAGCGUGCACGCGCCCACGCGCCCGCCUCUGAGUGUGUUGCACGCGCGCUACUCACGAGCACGAGCGGCGUCGGAGCAGCGACAGGUCUGGAGUUUUCAAGGAGGGAAAAAGGCAGGAGAGAGGAGGAAGGGAGAACGAUGGCGGGGAAGAAAUGACAAGUUUGAAAGUGUGGGUUACACCGGGAACACCGGGAAAAAGUCGACCGGCAUUCCGGAACAAAGCACCUAUGCUGAAGGGAAUUGGCCUCUUUUUGCAGAUGUCCGCCGCCUGCUUGGUCUGAAACAAUGCCCCGGAGAAACUCAGGACUUGAUGGCUUCGUGCGAGUAGGAUAAAAACGCAUCAGCUACAGCUACUAAUCCCAAUCUGGAUCUGCGUUUGGACUCCUUCAGAUCACUAGGGAACGUGUGUGAAAAAUGAUCAAAACCGAGAGCAAAGGCGAGAGGACUCUGAGGAGCGCGUCUCCUCACAGAAACGCGUACAAGACGGACUUCCACGCCAUCAAGUGCUCCUUUGACGGAGCCAAGUCCGACAUCGCGUCCAAGUCGUGUGCUAAUGGCUCCUCCGGUGAGCCGCGCGAGGACGUAGCCAGGGGACGAAACUUUGGCAACCGCGUCAACAAGAUCAAGAACAUUUUCCUACAGAUGGACAGCCAGCAGCAGCAGGAGAACCAGGAGGGAAAAGCCACCACCAAGGCAGACGCGCCUCAGAUCUCCUCGCCACCGAAAUUCCCAGGUAGUGGCACGCACAAAACCAGCCCCACCACCUUGGAUCCUCAGAACGACAGGAUCCCGAAAGGGGAGGACCCUGAGAUUGACAAAGCGGCCUUGGCGGAGAAGUUUUCUGUGACUAGAAAACUAUUUGAGAGGGGUAUAAAGGAACAGACUACAGUAGAGAGGCAGGCCCCAGGCAGGGCCUCUGGACGCCUCUCCCAGGGUAAUGUGUGUGAAGAAAGGAGAGCAAGCAGGAAACCUGGAGGGUCAUCUGAAAAUAGCAACAGCAGCAUUAUUAAAACAGAUCGCGGCCCUGCUUCGCCGGAAAGUAAGGAUGCUGAUGACUCGAAGCAGGUCAAUCGAUUGUUAAAUGCAGGACCUAUAUCGAGAAGACUGGAGAAUUUCAUUGCAGAUGGCGAUAUUGAAGAAUCAGCAAGAACAUCAGCUAAAACACCAGAGAAGGUUUGUAGUCCUGCGGAAAGAUCAGGACCUAUGUCUCCUGUACGAGACACCGCUCACAAACCAACUUCACCUUUUAAUGACCACUUCCAGAAACCGACCUCCCCCAGUAAUCAUUCCAAACCAGUUCACUCUCCGACUUCACCAACCAGUGACUUGGAAUCAAGAUCUAGCUCUCAAACGUCUUCUAAGCCCACCUCCCCUACCACAAAAGGCGGUGAUGAGACCUGCGUCCCCACUUCAAGACAUCCAUCCUCAUCAGCCGAUGGUUUUAAUAAAUCUCUCACAGGCACUGAGGGAACCAAACCCACUGUUACUCCCAGGGAUCAAAAGCCUUCAGCUUUUAUCAGCAGCUUUUACAACAGAGUCAAGGGUCCAGAGGUGGCUAAGCGCGAGUCCGUUACAUCACGGAGUUCAUCUGGAGACACGUUACCUCCUCAGUCCCCGCCGAGCUUGGAUCCUACUGGGGUAGGAAUGGUCCGUGCAGAGCUAGUCAGGGUCCAGAAUGAAUCGUCAGAAAGCGAGGAGAAUGAGGAGGACUGUGUAUUUGAAGAGCUUAAGCUCAAAAGGGAGCUCAGUCCAGACGCGCAGAGAGGAGGUCUGACCAGAGUAGCUUCAAUUCCAUCAUCUCAAGAUGACCUUCAGAAGGUCACAGAGGUCAAGCAGCAGGAAAAGGCAGUUUCUGACUCACAGGAGGGACAACUGGAGGAGCAGAGAGCGGAGCUGGCAAAGCAGGAGAGUGACAAACAGUGUGAUGAAGAAGAGGAGGAAGAGGAAGAGAGUGAGCAAGAUGAUGAGGAUGAAUGUGGAAAGACAUCGCCAGUGUUUUAUAGCUUUGAAAAUGCAGCAUUUGUGGAUGAUAAAGAGACGGGGCCUGCUCAGAAGGAAGAAGAGGAGGAGGAAGAGGAAGAUGAUAAUCAGGACUAUGAGGAGUAUGAUGAAAUUACUGGUCUCUCAGAGGAUGAAGAAUGUUCACCCAGGAGGAAGAUACGCUUCUCUAGCGCACCAAUACGGGUUUUUACCACAUACUCAAAUGAAGACUAUGACCGACGCAAUGACGACGUGGAUCCUGUGGCAGCCUCUGCUGAGUAUGAGCUGGAGAAGCGUGUGGAGAAGAUGGAUGUCUUUCCAGUGGAGAUGGAGAAAGGUGAUAAUGGGCUAGGCAUCAGCAUCAUAGGCAUGGGGGUGGGAGCUGAUCAGGGUCUGGAAAAACUCGGCAUCUUUGUGAAGACCAUCACGGAAGGAGGAGCAGCUGAGAGAGAUGGCAGGAUCCAGGUAAACGAUCAGAUUGUAGAAGUCGACGGCAUCAGUCUGGUGGGAGUGACACAGCUCUUUGCUGCUACAGUCCUGAAGAACACAAAGGGAACAGUUCGCUUCCUGAUUGGUCGGGAGAAACCGGGGACCCAAAGUGAGGUGGCCCGGCUGAUCAGUGAGACGCUGGAGCAGGAGAGACACCAGCAGCAACAGAGACUGGAGGAUCCAUAUGAGCAGUCCACAGAGGAGGACGAACACUACGAGGAGGACGAAGGAGAGGAAGACGGGAUUGUAAGCUCGAGUUUUGGCAGGAGGUCUGUGGAGCUGUAUGAUUUACCAGAGAAUGAAAGGAUGUUCUUGCCAUCAAAUAUGGAUACCGCACAGCUCAGCUUCAAAUUUAAAGAGCUCCAGAUAAAACACAGUAUAGCCGAGGCCGAAGUCGAUCAACUCAAAGAAAAGCUGAAGGAGUCUGAGAAGGAGCGAACAGCAUGGGAGGAACGGCAGGAACAGCUGGAGAAAUGUAUUGAGGAGAACUCGGAAAGAAUCAACUACAUGGAGAAGAACUGGCUGGAUGCUCAGGCUCUCUGCAAAGCUCUUAAUGAGCAACUCACGGACUCUCAGAACCAGUUUGAAGCUUUGGACAAGAAAUACAGCAAAGCAAAGAAACUGCUCAAGGAGUACCAGCAAAAAGAAUCAGACUUUGUGAAGAAGGAGGAGGAACUGAAGAAGAUUCUGGAGGAGAAGGAAAGCUUUUACAAAGCCCAGUUAGAGAACUUACAGAAGAGGGUUGAGGCUCUGGAGUCCUGUACCAAGCCUCAGGACUCUACAGCAGAAAACCGCACUGAAGGGUCUACGGGUUUAGACAGUAAACCUGCAGACUCACUUCUACUAGAUACCGACUGGAGUGAAGUUGUGCCCGAGACUAAGCUUUUGGACACUAGUGCCCAUCGGGCCAAAGGCCUGCUAGCCCAAAAGUCCAAACGGCAGCCCCCAUCUCGCAGUAAGCUCAGAGAGACUAGCAACUCGCCAGCAUGCCUUCCUCAGGGUGAAAAGGAGGAGUCUCAGGGUCCUCCACAUCGUAGGCGGUCACUACAGGAUAGUAUGUCCCUGCCAGUGCCCAUCUCUCCGCCAGCUAAUGGCCAGAAGGAGGAACCUGGCACUGCCCGGCCUCUGGGCACUUCCAGAAGCAGCAUGGAGCUCUCCGUCCCUCAGUCUUCCCCUGGAACCAGUACAGAGAACCCCUCCAUUUCCACAACAAAAGAUUCUUCCCCCUCUGGCUUUCUCCGAAAUGUCAAGAAGAGAGAGUCCAAAGGAAAAGGCAAAGAGGUUAAAGAAGACCCCAGUGAUGGAGCAGGAAAAUCUAAAAGGCGAUUCCCUGAUUUUGGUGGUCUCAGGAAAUCUGGUGGGAAAGGCAAGAAACAUGACAAAGAAGCAAUGAGAGCAUCAUUGGACAGCAGAGGCUCAGCGGAGCUGCUGGAAGAGUCAGGGCCAAACAUCUCGCCCUCAGAGUCCUUGGCGUCCAUCCCAACGUGCAUGCCUUUCUCUUGGUUCGGUGAUAAGGACAAAGAGAGAGACCGAGAGCCUUCAUCUUCUACCAGCAGUCUUCCUCAAACUGCAGCAGAACCCAGUGAACAGCAGGACGGCAAGAACAAGACAAAUCUUUCCUGGUCCUCUCUGUUCAGUCGAUCUUUAGAUUUGAGCAUGUCAGUGCUAGAUGAUUCAAAACCGGGCAGUCCGAGUUCAGAGUUAGCAGGGCUUGUGGCAGAGCCCAACCUGUCAGGCCGAGCUCACACUUUAACCUUCUCUUCCAGUGAGAUGCUGGAUAAUGAGCCUGGCUCAGCGGGGAAAGACUACCAGUGGCAGAAUCGUCCAGUCUCUGAGUGGACAACUCAGCAAGUGUGCCAUUGGCUGAUGGGCAUGAACAUGGACCAGUACACUCCUGAGUUUACUAUGCAGGGUGUUGAUGGACUGCAGCUGAUGAAUCUGGACAGUGACAGACUAAAAGUGCUUGGAGUCUCUAGCCAAACUGACCGUGCCAUGAUUAAGAAAAAGCUGAAGGACAUGAAAAAAGCCCAGGAGAAACUGGAAAAACAGCGUGAGAAACGUGACAAAGAAGCUAGACGAAGCGGGAGACUGCCAGGCAACAAUGACUCUAUCUGCUGAAGCCACCUUAAUCUCUUUCUAGGUUUCUCGCUCUCUCUUCCUCUUUGUUUCUACUUCUCUGAAGCAUUGACACACUCUGGUUUGUGUCAAGCAGGCAGCUGACGGCCCUUUGCUGUUUAAUUCUAUAGUUAUGUGCAGGUGACACAUGUUAAUGCAGUCAAUAUGUAAAAUCAAUCCAUCAUUAAUUAGUAGGAACUAAUGUGCAGAGCAGGUAUAUAUUAGGUCUGUACCUCUUGCCUGACCCUAAUGCAAAAGAAAUACCGUUCAUAACAGAAAAAUAGCAGAUUUAAUAAUUACUACACUGUAAAAUUUUUCACCUGAUGCCUUAAACCUAAAGGGCAGUGCAGAGUAUGCACCAUGUACAUUUCCUAAACAGGACUCUUAAAACAUGCUGACAAAACUGAGACCUCUCUAGGGCCAUAGAGCAUUGAUUAGAGAAAUGUAUUACAGCCAGUGUGGACCAUCUAGAUGAUAGUGAAUUCUCUGUGCUACCUUUAGCAGACUUUUUAUUGUAUUUUAUGUGCACAACAAAAGAAUAUUUCUUGACUCUUAAGAGAACAAGAUACACAUACACAUGCCUUUAAUUUUGGAAAGAAUAAUGUUUUUAAAACAUCUUUGUAUCUAUUUUUAAUAGUACAACUGUCUCCUGUCCCCCUGUAUAAACCUUCUUUGCUGGAACUUUGUACAGUCCUUGAGUGAAAGCACUAUAUUUGUCUUUUAAGAGGCAAAUGGUGACAUGGUUUUUAAAUGUACAAAUGAGAUAUUUUAUACACUUAUUAACUUCAGACGAAAAACAUUAUUGAUUAAACUUUUGGACACAUUUUCUACUGAGUAGAAUAGCUCAUAGUGUAAGACCUUUUUGCAAUUUAUAAACAGUAAAAAAGUGAAAUUCUUUAGAUGUUGCUGCAGUUUGACUGCAUUGGUUAUGGUAAUACUCUUUCUAUCUAUUCCAGGUCUUAAAGGUUAUCACUGAUCAUCAAAGCAGGGUAUGGAGUUGAGUUAAAAGACUUAAAAAUUUCAGGUGAUUUAAAAAAAAAAAUGGAGAAUGCUAAAAGUUUUGAUGUAGUGUGAUCAUUCAUAACUUCUUGUUGUAUUUCAUGUUUAUCCCACCUACUACAACCUCCUGAAUAUUAGUUGUACAAUUGGCUAAGCCCCAAUAGAGUUCCUAUAUAAAUGGAUUUUAAUUGUUUCAAUACAGGACUUUGUCAGACCAUAAGGAAAACCUAAUAUCCAGUUAUUUCUCUGGUACGAGAGUACAAGCUGCACCAAUAAAUUUAUUUUCACUUUU